AUGGAGGCAGAGCAGCGGCCGACGACGGGGGCCGACGAACGGGCGACCCCUGGGCUGGAGGCGGCGCCUUCUGCUGCCCCCGCGCCUGCGGCCGCGGCCUCGGGACCGCUCUCCGGGCCCGCGUCGGGGCCCGAGCCCAAGCGGAGGCAGCUCGGGACGCUGCUCCAGCCCACGGUCAACAAGUUCUCCCUUCGCGUGUUUGGCAGCCACAAAGCCGUGGAAAUCGAGCAGGAGAGGGUCAAGUCAGCGGGGGCCUGGAUCAUCCACCCCUACAGCGACUUCCGGUUUUACUGGGACCUGACCAUGCUCCUGCUGAUGGUGGGGAACCUCAUUGUGCUGCCUGUGGGCAUCACCUUCUUCAAGGAGGAGAACUCCCCGCCUUGGAUCGUCUUCAACGUCCUCUCGGACACCUUCUUCCUGCUCGACCUGGUGCUCAACUUCCGCACGGGCAUCGUGGUUGAGGAGGGCGCUGAAAUCCUGCUGGCCCCGCGGGCCAUCCGGUCGCGCUACCUGCGCACCUGGUUCCUGGUCGACCUCAUCUCGUCCAUCCCGGUGGACUACAUCUUCCUGGUGGUGGAGCUGGAGCCGCGACUGGACGCCGAGGUCUACAAGACAUCCCGGGGGGCUCCCUCCGGCUCCACCUGCAAAUACUGCAGUGUGGACGUUUGCGUCUCACUGAAAUAUUGUCCAAAGCGGCCGGCGCCUUUCACGCCUGCUGCAGCUGGCCGUCACCUCGGUGUCCUUCUGGCGGCCCGCGUCCUCUCCGGCUGGGCAUCACUCUCCGUCUUCCAGAUCUGCAUCUGCGGUUGCCAGGUAGGCGGGUGA